AUGAGAGUUCACACCAUACACGAUCUGAAUGCGCGCAAUCCAACGCCGCCAUCUAAUCCGCUCCUGACUUCAUCGGUGACCGACGCAGAGCGGCGGUUUUCGCGCUUCUCCGUCACCGAUGCCGUGCAUCUGAAGCUAAAGCUGCAAGCCCUCGACAACGCCGUGUCAAGAAUUUGCCCGGAAAAUCAUGACCAAGCUGAUAUCGCAACCAUCACUAGUGCAUGUCAAACACGGCCUUUUGAAGAAACUGUGUACGUUGCUGGCUCAGAGAUUUUCUACCUCGUAGUAAAAGGUCUUGCACGACCACAUAUCAUCGCCGAUGUUUAUGCUGAAGCAUACAAACAUGUCUUACAGGGCAGGCCUUACGUGAACAACUACAAUCUGUCCGGUUGUAGAGGAAUAGACUGUGUUUUCUCCGACGUGAGAACUGUCCUGGGAGAUAUCGACCGUGUGUGUGACACCAAUCUCGAAGGCGCCUUCGCUAAACUCGAGGAACGAGUCCAGCCGUUUCCCUUUCUCCGGCUCCCGGCCGAGCUGCGCCUCCAUGUAUACUCAUUCCUGCUUCCUCCUGAGCGUCGUAUCAUCCUCAGACCUCGCUCUCAGGUUGUCAGACGUCCGCGUCUCAAUAUCAUGCGUGCCAACAGGCAGUUACAUGACGAAGUUAUCAAGUACUUCUACAAGAACUGGAGACUGUUCGUACGAGUAGAUUCGUCACCACUAGGCCGAUUGCGUCAGGGCGAGGUCUGUUAUCAAGGGGUAAGGCCCACGAUCAACUCAGCCACCCUUGAGCUUCUCAAAGAGCUUGAGAUCCGCGUCCACGAACAUCUGGUCUACUUGACAGGACCACCCUCAAGCCGCAUUAGCUCCAUAUUUGAUACGUUCAAACUUGAGCGUGUACGCAUCACGUUCGAGCUGUCUAAUACCGCCAGCGGGCACAACAGAGACACAAAGAUGGAGCUGUUUUGCAGACAGCUGAUUGAUCAGAUCCCGGCAUCAGUGAGUGUGUCGUGGCCCCAUAGUGAUGCCGCAACCUUCUUCCAUAGCAAUGCAGUAGAGCAGCGCUUAUAUCAAGCCUUGCAGGAGAGAGCAUCUUCUCAAGCAAGUCGUGGUGCAACGGCACCGGGACGUGUAGUAAUGCAAUGA